CAAGCGGAGUCCGACGCGGACCUGCUGAAGAAGCUAUAUCAAAUGUAAAAGUGUCUGGGUCUGGGAGCAUGCAGCUUGUCAUGCUAAAUCUGAAGCAUGCAAAAUAAAAAGCUGUGUUGCAUAAUUACCAAAAGCCGACCAGUUUUGACAAAGUCGGGAGGGAGUUUCUCAUGCAGGAUACACAGGCAUGAGAGAGAUCGCAUGGAAUCUGUCAUGCUAGGUCCGGCAGUCCAGACCUCAUUGAUCAUGGAAAAGCUGCAAAACAAAUCGCGCACUCUUCCAGACCCAGAUACUUUUGCAUUUGAUAAGCUGCACACCCAGGCUAUGAAAUGCUCAGGUGCUACAAUCGCACCGUCGCACGAUGCAAUUACACCUGAUAUUUGUCUUGCAUGAGCAAGGGCAUGGAUGAAAAACACACAAUACAUAGAGCCUUGCGCCAUGGCGAUACUUACUAAUGUAGCCGGAUUCCAAUCGGAUUUAGGACUUCUACAAAUAACCUUUCCUGCGUACUAUUUGUGUGAGGAUAGGGCAGCCGGCUGUGCAUUCCAAGUCUGCGCCUUCGUUGCGGCAGUUGAGAUUGUAACACCUGUGCGGGCGAUAGACGUGGGGCAGCGACUUAUCAAAUAAAGACACACCUGCACCACUCCGCGAAGCUGCUCGCGGCGCGUUCUUCUUUAUACAGUUGUUGAGUAACAAGCAUGCACACCCAGCAGGGAUCAUUGCACCGGACUUUGCCGUCACCGCAGUCAACGCAUUGCGUGAAGAUCCAUAAUACCCGGUCACGCAACGUUGGCCUUCAGGUUCAGCCAAAGUACUAGGCCUGCUUUGUUAUUGGUGUCAUGACAUACGAAAUAAAAGCGCACGUGAAGUAGGACCCUGUGACCGUGGUGCAGCGUCUCCGCUGAAUACUUCUAGAUGGCAAACAUUCCAAUUUUUGUGGCGCGACUGCCUUCUAUUCCGCGGAGAGCACUGAUAACACGUACAGAGAGCUGGAAAGCCUGAUGGAUCGAGACGAG